AUGUCGACCGACAAAAUCACGUUCUUGACGAACUGGCACGCCACGCCGUACCAUGCCCCGCUGUACCUUUCUCAGGCGAAGGGAUACUUCAAGGACGAGGGUAUCAAAGUCGCUCUACUUGAGCCGAACGACCCUAGCGAUGUCACCGAGAUCAUUGGAACCGAGAAAGUGGACUUGGGCUUCAAAGCCAUGAUCCACACUUUGGCCGCCAAAGCUCGCAACUUCCCGGUCCUUUCAAUCGGCUCUCUUUUGGACGAGCCAUUCACCGGCGUCGUAUACCUGAAAGACUCCGGUAUCACCACCGACUUCCGCACUCUCAAGGGCAAGAAGAUCGGCUAUGUAGGCGAAUUUGGCAAGAUCCAGAUUGACGAGCUUACCUCUCACUACGGCAUGGCUCCGACUGACUACACGGCUGUCCGUUGCGGCAUGAAUGUCUCCAAGGCUAUCAUCAAGGGUGAGAUCGAUGCUGGCAUUGGCCUCGAGAACGUCCAGAUGGUCGAGCUUGAGGAGUGGCUCACUGCGCAAGGUCGCCCGAAGAGCGACGUUCAGAUGCUUCGCAUUGACGAGCUGGCCGAGCUGGGUUGCUGCUGCUUCUGCUCCAUCCUCUACAUCGGCAACGAGAAGUUCAUCUCCGAGAACCCGGACAAGGUCCGUGCCUUUAUGCGUGCCGUCAAGAAGGCCACCGACUUCGUGCUUGCAGAGCCGGAAACCGCGUGGGCGGAGUAUGUCGACUUCAAGCCAGCCAUGGGUACUCCGCUCAACCGCAAGAUCUUCGAGCGCAGCUAUGCCUACUUCUCGAAGGACCUCAAGAAUGUCGAGCGCGACUGGACGAAGGUGACCCGUUACGGCAAGAGGCUGGGCGUGCUGGACGAAAGCUUCACGCCCAACUACACGAACGAGUUCUUGGACUGGGCUUCGGAGGGUGAGCAAACUGAUCCAACUGGUGAUCAGAAGCGCAUGGUCGCGUUGCAGCAGGAGGUCGCCGAGAAGGGUGGCUUCAAGAGAUUGGACGUAGAGCGUGUCUCUGCUGUGACUGCGUCUGCUUAA